AAAUAUGUGUGGAGACUUAGAGAGCUAAAUUUCGAUUAUGUACUGUGCAAUCCGUCCAGCUCCUAUUUUCUGUACUCGCUUUCGGUACCUUGCUUCGUUUGGGAAUAAGGGCAAAAGGAGCAUCUCAACUACAGUGAAAAUGAGGUUGGUGGGAUUGACCGGUGGAAUAGCGUCGGGGAAGAGUACGGUCUCCAAUCUUUUCAAAUCCCAUGGAGUUCCCGUCGUUGACGCCGAUCUAGUCGCUCGGGAUGUUCUAAAGAAAGACACUGGUGGCUAUAAUAAGGUUGUUGCAGCAUUUGGAGAGGAAAUCUUAGAAGCAGAUGGGGAAGUGGAUAGGCCAAAACUGGGCCAGAUAGUGUUCUCUGAUAAUGCAAAACGUCAACUUCUUAAUCGGCUUUUGGCUCCCUAUAUUUCUUCUGGCAUCUUUUGUGAAAGUUUGAAGCUUUGGUUGAAGGGGUAUAAGGUAAUUGUCCUUGACAUCCCAUUGCUAUUUGAGACCAAAAUGGAUAAGUGGACAAAGCCAGUUGUUGUUGUAUGGGUUGAUACUGAAACACAGCUUCAGCGGCUCAUGGCAAGAGAUGGAUCCACUGAGGAGGAUGCCAGAAAUAGGAUAAAUGCUCAGAUGGCCAUGGAUUUAAAAAGGUCCAAGGCUGACAUUGUCAUUGAUAACACUGGCUCGUUAGAGGACUUGGAGGAACAAUUCCGGAAGGUAUUAUUCCAGGUUACUAGACCCCUGACAUGGUCUGAAUUCUGGCUUUCAAGACAAGGUGCCUUGACAGCUCUUAUUUCCUUUGGAAUUGUGGUUGUUGUAGGAAAAAUUGUUAGCGGGAUAUUAUAAACAAAAAUUUUCAGGCUUUUAAAAUUUUGUAUCAUUUCAUGCUUGUUGUUUUGGUAAUAAAAGGGGGCGCUGCACCACCUACAAAAGACCCGAAAGUGGGUAAGCUACCCCAACACAAUCACUAGAAAGCAUACCUGGGAUUCAUUGAGGAGAAGAAUACCGAAAUACAAAGAAAAAGCAUGGCUUCCAAGCCAAUCUGUGGCAUGGUUCCCAUACCUCUGCUCAGAGAAGCAGAACAUCAGCCAAUAUGCAUUGCAAGGCGCCAAAGCCACCUACACCAGGCACCAAUCAUUGACAGAACACCAGGGCUUUUUUCCCCUUCCAUCUCAAGCUACUUGUAGUUUCCUGUAACUUUCAUUUGUUUAUGGACCUUUAUGUGAAAAAAGCACUCUCAAUGGCAAUAGUUUUAACUUAGUAAA